AUGUUAAAGUAUUUAUUAUUUUUACAAUGCAGAACUAUCGUUUUAUCAUCUUCAAAAAGGGGAGUAAUUUUUGUAAAUGCACCUGGCCAUUUAUCGACGAAAAGACUGUACUCUAAAAAGAACAAUAAUGGUAAUAAUAAAGACAAACAAAUACAUUCUAAACUUGAAAAUACCACUUCCAAUACCAUCGAAGAAAACGAAAACAUAAGUAAUAAUAUCAAGAAUUCUAGUUAUUCAUCAACAGAGCCAGAUAAAACUGAUGAAUUUCACGAUACUGUUGUUAAAACCCCAAAAGAUCUAGCACAAAAGAUAUUGAAAUUAGAUAGAACCUCUAAUAAUGAUACCACCAAUAAUGAUACCAAUUAUACCCCUUUUUUUUUAAAGGAAAGGAAAAAACAACUGAUUUUACCCCAUGUUCCCGGAAAUGCUAAUAUUCCAAAUAAAGAUGUUCAAAUCGAAGGCCUAUUUGCCGGGCCUAAGCCACUAUUUUUAGGGAAAUCCUCUAUUAUCUCCGACGAUAAGGAUUUAACCCCCAAUUAUCACACUAUAACGGAUUUCUUUACCACACUUGAAAAAAUUGGGGAGGAAGACAACGAUGCCAAUAAUAACAAUAGCACCCAUAAUAGUACCGAUAUAGGUGAAGUUAUUAAUGCAUAUAGGAAUAAAAAGAAAAAUUCAAGGAAACCUAUAAUACCUUGGGAAGCUUCUAUCAGCGGACUGAUUUACAAUGACAAGCCAUUUAGGACCAUUCCUAAAUCACUAAUUUCAAAAUUAAAACCAUUUAAAUUGAUCAAUUUAGAAAAGAAAAAUACAAAGGAUUCACUCUACAAGGACAAUGGUACAGUAAAAUUUAAAGUACAUAAUUCAUUUGUCAAUGAUGAAGUAGAAAUGGUUAAUUUGUUUGACAUCACAGACGAUUUUUCCGAUGAUCGAUCAAAUUCUAAAAGUGAUGCUAAGAAAAAUGGUCCCUUUUCCAAAUCUACUCUAAUAACAGAUGCCAACUUAGCAAAAGAAUGGUAUUAUAGAGAAAAAAUGAGGUACGCAGAAGAUUAUAAAUUUAUUAAAGCAGACCAAUACGUUUUCAAAACAUAUGUUACGAAACUAAACAAAUUUUUGGCCAAAGAAUUUUAUAAACAAACCAAACUUACCAUAAAUAAUCAAUUUAGAGACCAUUUGUUACCACUAUACAUAUAUGUAGACAAAUCCAUUUGUUCUAAAAACCGAUUUCAAAGCUAUUUAAGAAAAAAGAUUAUCGAUAAUAUUGAACCCAUUUUAGAUACAGUUUGCGCAUCUUAUGAAGACCGGAAGCAAGCAGAAGCAUUUCAUGCAAGGGUUAUGAUUAAAGUGAAUGCCAUUACCAAGGAGUUGUCGAUCUAUUUACCGAAAUACACUGGCUUAAACCAAGGAAAAGAUAUAACUGGUUGUUCGGUAAAAACACAGAAAGAAAUUAUGUUUUUGAUUACAACCAAGAAUACAACAUGA